UGAAAGAGAUUAGGCUUACCAGUGUUGAUAGAAUCUAAUAACGUGCGGUGUUGAGUUUAAGCUAAUUGUUUAUUAGGUUCACGCAGAAAGGAUCAUUAGGAACGCGAGACUAACCCGAGGCAGCAGGUGCGAUGUCCAGAAAUAUUAGUAGCCGCGGCCGCGGACUUCGAAAAGCAAAUACGGAUGCUUCGAGUGAAACAACCCCGAAUCCUCCAGAGCCAUCGGCUGCGCCACCUCCUUCCCAGGCUCCGUUAAGCAGAACUCAAGGUUUAAGUUCUGGCGGCGCCGUUGGCCGAGGUCGAGGUUUAUUCCGUGCAGCUGCCUCUUGCAGUAAUCCAUCCGGCCUUCUGGAGCCUGUUCCCUCAAAGUCAUCAGAGCUUCCUCCUGCUUCAGGUUCUGCUACAGGACUGCAGGCAACUGAAAAGGAUCGGGAACAAAGCCAAGGCGUUCAAGGUAGACGUCGUGGUCGCGGAUUGGCUGGAAAAAGCAUUGCUCCCGUUGCUCCCACACAUCCUGCGCCGGAUUCCUCACAGAGUGGUCCCACAUCCUCAGGAGACUCAGCCGUUUGCUCAAAAGAAAAGAAAGACGCAUUUAACCUUCAGGAGCCAACCACAGUAUUCGCACAUCUUCCCAAAGUAGGCCAAAACUCAUUCCGCGAUUACAGAAAACGAGGUACCCAAGGCAAGCCAAUAAAGCUAAUGUCCAAUUGCUAUGGACUCGAGUUUCCAGAUGCCAAUUGGUACAAGUAUGAUGUACAGAUCCACAGGGGUAACGAACAGCAAGCUGUUGAGUUGGAGCAUCUGGAUACGAUAAAGCUGAAAGAUCGAAUCGCGUCCAGAGGUCUGUGUCGCGAUAUCAUGUUGCACGUGUUCAAUAAACAUGGAAGUACGUUGGGCCACGAUCUACCAGCGUACGAUGGAAGAAAAAUUCUCAUCUUAAAUCGCAAGCCGUUUGACGGUGAAAGAUAUUUCACUGUCAACGUACCGACACCCAGAGGGCGCACGGUGGAGUACACGGUGAAGCUGAUGCAUGUCCUGGAUAUAGACGUGAGUUCAGUCGACCUUUUCUAUAAGGGGAAGACAAACACGCUGGAUCCUGAAGUACUACAAGCAGUGAACAUCGUCGUUGACACGUCCUUCUCGAACAAAAAAUGGGUUGCUGUGAAUCGUUUGUACUACGAGCCAGGCAAAGUCGGUAGGCCUCUCGGCGGGGGAAAGGAGCUCCGCGAGGGGAUCUAUACAGCGACUAUGUACGCCGAUUGGAAGCCUCUGCUCGUUGUCGACAAAGCUCGUACGGUGUUUGCCGCUGCGUUGCCACUUAUCGACUAUGCAGCUGAUGUUCUCGGAACUUCAAGGGAGGCACUCACCAUGAGCGGCCUCAAUGCUGGCCAGGUGGAGACGUUAAAGAAAGAGGUUAAAUCACUUAUGGUCAAGCUGGAACAUACAACGUACGGGCGCACGGUGAAAAUUUCUGGGAUAACUAGAACUCCAGUGAACCGGACCAUGUUCAUGGAUGAACAGAAACAAGAAAAAAGCGUCGCGGCCUAUUUUGCACAGACCUAUCCUAAAACGCCUCUUAGAUAUCCAAAUUUGCAAUGUAUUGAGGUCAAACGUGCCAACCUUACAAAAACUGAUUAUUUUCCGAUAGAGGUCUGUAUCGUCAAGCGCGACCAACCAUCGUGGAAGAAGUUGAAUCCCGACCAAACUGCGAAAAUGAUCAGAGUAUCACAGGAGAAACCUCAUGAGCGAUUUCAGUUUUUGCGAAACAACAUAGGAACGAUUGCAUCAGCCAACGAACUAAAAAAAUUUGGUCUAAGACUGUCGGAUACGCCUAUCAUGACGGACGGUCGGACUCUAGAGAGUCCUGGUAUCCGAGUUGGUAACCGAUCGAUUGAAGUCAGGGCGGGCAGCUGGCAGCUGCCGGAGUUCCAUAUAGCAGCCGAAGUUCCUCAAUGGGUUGUAGUAGAUUGCGCUGACCUACCCCGGAACUACAUAGAUAAAUUAGCUAGUAUGUUAAAACAACAAGGUGAAAAAAUGAAAAUGCGUAUUUCAUAUCCAACCAAUAUAUUGGCUCGACCAAACUGGCGCAUGCCUGCCACGACAAAACAAAUGAUGGAAGAAAUUAGAGGGUGCCACCGAGACCCAUCAAAACCACUUCUUGCUGUGAUCGUACUUAGUAGGAAUACCAGUUAUUCGGAAAUCAAGAGUCUGACCGAGACUAACGAGAACUUCAAACUAAUAGUAACACAAUGCAUUAAAUCUGAUAACGUGAGAAAUGAAAAAAAGCUAAACUUUUCUUUUGUGGACAACCUUUUCAAGAAAAUUAAUGCAAAACUCAACGGCGUCAACAGUAUCGUCCAACGCGUGCCUAAGGUAUUUCAAGAAGAAUAUAUAGUAUUAGGUGCGGACGUCACACACCCAAGCCCGGGAGACAUGAAUCCGUCCAUCGCUGCUGUCGUCGGCUCAAUAAAUAACGAUUCGUCAAAGUACUGUACCGAAAUCAGCGUACAAUGCAGCGAAAGCAGUAAUCGGAUUGAGUAUAUUAUCAACCUUAGGGAAAUUGUUCUGAAGCUCCUUAAAGCCUAUGUGAAGAGAAACGAUGAUCGAAAGCCAAAGUAUAUAUACUAUCUUAGAGACGGUGUAUCGGAUGGCCAGUUCCAAGAGGUUCGUUACCGCGAGGUGCUCGCCAUUCGACAAGCCUGUUACGAUCUGCAGGUCCAUUACCAGCCGUCAAUCACAGUACUGGUCGCUCAGAAACGCCACCACGUUCGUUUUACUGUGGUUGAUAGCCGGACAGGAACGAGAAGUGGCAAUAUCCCUCCCGGAACUUACAUUGAUAGGGAUGUGGUUCAUGCGAAGAACCAUGAUUUCUAUAUGUAUACUCAUGAGGGUCUCAUAGGAACGUCACGGCCUACGCAUUAUCAGCUCAUUCACGCGGACAAGCCGAUUUCCACAGAUGAAAUAACAGAGAUGAUCUACUAUCUGACGCACAACUAUGCUCGUGCAUCGCGUUCCGUCUCGAUUCCAGCUCCGAUUUACUAUGCGCAUCUUGCUGCAUUUCGGGCUAAGGAACAUCUCAAAGCCGAUCCCACGCUUUGCGGGUCCUCAUCAGUUUCUUCAGGCUCCGAUGAUAUACGUAUCGACCUGAGAAAAUAUCAGCAGGCUUGCGAUGUCAACGAUGCAACAAAAGACAAGCUCUAUUAUGCUUAGGGCACUUUCACACCGAAAUAGCUGAAAAAUGACAAUGUGUAUACAAUAAUGAUCAGCUGGAAAUCGUUGCGGACUCAUGUUAUCUCUUGAGAUGUUUUUAACAGUCCACGACGAAUUUCGUCCAUAACAAACAAACAGCAAGACGACAUGUUGGUUCUUGGAUAUUUUUUUUCAAACAUCUAGUUUAUUACAUUUAAGGCAAGACAAUAAGUCUUGCCUUAAUUGACGAAUGAACAUACAUUAUUAAAUACAAUUCAGAAUAAAGCGGAUUUGUCAUAUUACUGAUGACAUACAUAAUAACCUAUA